AUGGUACGCAGUGGUAGCCGUGCUGAGGGCGGCGGAAAUAUUAACGAGCACAAAACAACGUUAACAAGAACCAGAAAACUGCAAAAACCAAGCCAAAAGAAGCCAAAAUCAGCCCCAAAUAGCGUGCACGGUGCUGCCCCCUCGCGGCCAUCGCCAAAAACGCAGCUCCGGGCCGAUCACGUGACCUCACACAGUUGGACUCGGGAUGCCGCGGAGGGAGGGUGUGCGCGCGUGAUCUCCCCUCCAGCAUGGGGUGUUCGUCUUCCCCUGCCCCCGGAAAAUUGUGGUAGACGAGAUUGUGGUUAAAACAAAAGAAGUGCGCGAGAAUAAUAAUGCCGGAGUCGGAGAAGCCGCUGGAGCUGAAGUUGCACAGCCCAGCGGGAGUUGAGUCCAUCUCCUUCCAGUGGCCGCUGACUGCUGGCUCCGGCUGUCAAGACAAACAUGAUGGAGCCUACGAGAUCGUUGAGACCAUUCGGUGGGUGUGUGAGGACAUCCCGGAGCUCAAGCGGGCCAUGGAGGUUAACAUACUCUCAGACUACGACACAAGGAGUUAUGAGAGUAUGCGCCAGCUGUGUGACAAGUACAACCGUGCCAUAGAUUCCGUCCUGCAGCUGGAGAAGGGCACCAGCCUGCCGGCCACACGCCUCAACAAGCGGCCGACGCGCGGCAUGCUGAAGCACAUCCUGACGCAGAUCUACAACCAUGCCGUGGUGGACCCCGAGAAGCUCAACCAGUACGAGCCCUUCUCCCCCGAGUCUGUGACUGGCUGUCAUCCUACAGUCUCUGACUGCCUGUCUCCUAGCAGUGUCAAAGUGUACGGUGAGACCUCCUUUGAGCUGAUCUGCCAGAUGAUCGACCAGAUCCACAUCACCGAGGAUGACACCUUCGUGGACCUGGGCAGCGGCGUGGGCCAGGUGGUGCUGCAGGUGGCUGCCCUCACGCCCUGCAAGGUCUGCGUCGGCAUUGAGAAGGCAGAGACACCGUGCAAGUACGCCCUUGAGAUGGACCGUCUAUACAGCAAGUGGAUGCGAUGGUACGGAAAACGCCACAGUGACUACCGACUCUCCAAGGGCGAUUUUCUGAAGAAGGAACACCGCGAGGGGAUCACCGGCUCCUCCAUCGUCUUCGUAAACAACUUCGCCUUUGGGCCGCACGUCGAUCACAUGCUGAAGGAGGUGUUUGCCGACCUCAGAGACGGCGCCCGGAUCGUCUCCUCCAAGUCGUUCUGUCCCCUCAACUUCAGGAUCACGGACAGGAAUUUGAGUGAUAUUGGCACCAUCAUGCAUGUCUCGGAGCUCUCCCCCAUGAAGGGCUCGGUCUCCUGGACGGGCAAGCCGGUCUCCUACUUCCUCCACAUCAUAGACCGGACAAAGUUGGAGCGCUAUUUCCAAAGACUAAAGAAUCCAAAGGUCAGGAGCAAAAACGGAGAGGAAAAAGUGCCGAGAGUGUCACGACGGACCCUGGGCGGCGGACGGAGGGGCGGAAAGCGGACACACAGAACCAGCAAGAAGCCUAUCAAAAUCAAUGGGCUGGACCUCCUUCACACUCAGACCCUUCUGAGUACGAACGCUGAUGGGAGGCAAAACAACUCAUACAAGGACCCAGCGCCCGGAUGCGUUGACCAGAAACUCUCCUGCAUAACGUCCUCCGCUGUGGCCGGGAUCCUGCGUCAUGAGGAGCUGCCCAUCCCGCCCUCCAACACGCCCUACGCCCUGGAGGUCCUGCUGGACGUGUUCCGCCAGCAGUUUCUCGGGAUGCUGGACUCGUUCAAGAAGCCUGAGUACAAGGAUUACGUGUUGAAGCAGAUUGAUGCCGAGAAGGAGAAGAACAAGUCCCUCAAGUCUCGCGCGGCCCAGCUGGAACGUCAAAUCAAGGUCCUCAUCGACGACUCUGUGGCGCUCCUCCGCUCCCGCAUCUCCGAGCUGGGCAUGACGGCAGCCAACCCCGAGGACCUACUGAACCGAGCCAAGGAGAUCGUCUGGCGUCACAAGGAGCUGCAGGCCAAUGUGUCGUCGCUCCAGCAGCAGGUCACGUCGGCGGAGGAGGAGCAGGAGCGGCUGGUACGACUCCGCCAACACGAGAUCAUCCACAAGUACAGGCGGAACGGACUGGUCAACGGGAGCCUGGACGUGUCACAGCUAACGCAGGAGUUCAUCCUACGCGAGAUCUCUCAGACUCUAUCGCAGCGCAAGAAACUCCACUCCCAGGUCUCCCGCCUCGAGUGUGAAGUCAGCUCCCUGGAGAACACCGCCCCGGAGUCUGCUUCCGGGGCGGGGCGGGCGCCACUCACACCCACCGGCCCCGCCAACGCCAACGUCAAUUCCUCCACUCCGCCCUCCGGCCAGCGCUUGGAUAAGUCACCUGGGCGGCAUAAAACACGUCAUCGUAGCCGAAACCAGGAGUGGCCGAGCAUCCCCGACGUGGGCAAGAUCGAGGAGAAAAACCCCGAGAUCCUGGCCCAGAAGAUCCUGGAGACGGGGCGGCAGAUCGAGGCUGGCCGCAUCCCUGCCCUGCCCCCCGGGACAGAAGUCAGGCUGUCGGAUGCCAGGCAGACCGCCCCCGUCCCGCCCCAGCAGAACAUUGCCCCGGACGGCUUGGUCAGGAUACACCACACCGACCAGCACCACCACCCUCAACACCACCCUCAGCACCACCGCCUGCCUGAGCCCCGCCCCGCCGUGUCUGGCCCCGCCCCGGACCAGAACCGUGUGGUGUUGGUGACGCAGCGCUACGCCCCGCCUGCUGCUGCUGCCCCGCCGCCGCCACUGCCGCUGCCCAAGGUUGAGAUGCCCCUGCAGGCCCCGGCACCAGUCCUGGUGCCCCGGCUGCCCCUGGACAAGGCACCGCCCCGCCCCUUCUCCAUGGUGCGGGCACAGGAGCCGCCCCGCGUGGCAGACUUUGAGGACAGACUCAAGCUGAUCAUCACCAACGUGCUGAACGAAGACAAGCCCCCCGCCCAGGCCCUGCCGCCCCGCCCCACCCCCGCCCCUCCCAUCACCUCCACCGCCCUGCUACACCCGCCCUACUCCUCCCCCGGGGUUGUGGGGUUGGGGGGGCCGCCGCCACCCAAGCGGGAGCGUCGGUCCGGGGAGGUGCGUGAGGUGCGUGAGGUGCGGGAAAGCCGGCCGGACUACACACAGGUGUCCCCGGCCAAGCUGGCCCUGCGCCGCCACCUGUCCCAGGAGAAGCUGGCCGCCCUGGAGGCCUGCGUGCCCACCGGCGGGCCGCCCCGCUCCUCCCUGGCCGCCCCCACCACCGCCACCCUCACCAGGAACGUGGGUGACCUCAUCUCAGGGGAGGUGGAGCGCUCCCUGGAGCUGGCCUCCUCUGCCCUGGCCCCGCCCCUCCCCACCUGCUCCACCGCCCUGGACAUGACUGUGGGGGGCAAGGCCUCGCCCCGCCCCGGCCCUCGCAUCACCCGCAUCGUGGAGGAGAGCUUCAUCAAGGCGCCCCACACGCCCCCGGAGGCCGGGGCGGGGGAGGGCGUGGGCCGGCAGCCGUCCCCGGCGCUGCGGGUGGUGUACUCCCCCAUCUCCCGCCCCAGCAGCACCGAGGGCCUGGCCGCUGCCCUGCCUCAGGCCCCGCCGCCCCCGCCAGCCACCGUGGAGGGCCUCAUGUACCCUCGUGUCAAGUCCCCGCGGGGUGGCACAUUUGAGGAAAAGCCCCGCAUGCUGCCUCCACCCCCGGCCGCCUCCCCAGGACGGGACGGCCUGGAGGCACGCCUGGCCUCCAUGUACAGCAAGUGUGGUGGCCCCACCUCGUCUGCCACCACCAGCACACUCCGGGGCACCCCCCCGCCCCCCAUCCCUACCACUGCCAUCACCUGCGUCCCAACCACCCACCCCGUGGACUGCAAGCCCCGCCCCGCCACGCUGAUGGCGGGGGAGGCGCCGGUGGAGGGUCUGGCGGCCACGCUGCACGCACGCUUCCUCACCAGACCAAUGCUGCCGGCCAAGGUUAAGGAGGAGCCUGUGGAGUACCCGCGGCCCCCCAGCGAGGAGGAGCGGAUGAGGCGGAAGAUGCGCUCGCCCCCUCCCGCCCCCCAUCUCAUCCCCCUCAAGAAACAGCACUACGAGGCCCGCUCCACCCCCUCCCCCACGACCACCCCAACCAUCACCACCACGCCCCCGCCGCCCCUCCUGCCCCCCACCUCCCUGCCCCUCCUCACCAUCAAACUACCACCGCCGCCUCCACUGCCACCUCCGGAAGCCUCAUCACCAUCGCCAGCACCACCAACUCCACCAUCCACCUCCAUCGGGAAUAUCACCUCCACUUCCUCCUCCUCUUCCUCCUCUGUCUCCUCCUCUUCCGCUACCUCCACCACCACCACCACUGCCACUCCAGCCAAUGCCAUCACCACCACCAUCACCUCCACCACAACCACACCCAUCCCCACCUCCAUCAUGACUCCACCACCCUCCGCUCCACCACCCCCGCUCACCACCACGGAUCUCCCCGCGCCGAACCAGUCCACCACCACCACCAUCACCACCACCACCACCGCCGUCACCACCACCACCACCAUGUCCUCCCAUCAUCACCACCACCACCACAAUAUGAUGCCCACCACCAUUGCCGCCCCCUCUACAGCCUCUGCCUCCCCCUCCUCCUCCUCCCCCUCCACCACCACCACCACCACCGUCGCCGCCCCCACCCCCCUCAACACCACCACUACCACCACCAGCGCGUCGUCAGUCAGCCCCACCAUCAUCAUCAGCCAAGCCAGUCACCAUCACGUCCGCCUCGACCAACUGGACAAAGCAACUGAUGGGUGUGAGCGCAGUGACUCCCCGCUGCAGAAGUGGCAGGACAAGAUCAACAGUGGGUUUGACAAGCUGGUGGCCUUCGCCUCGGAGGUGGACAAGCGCCGGAAGAGCACCGAGGGCGCCUCGCCCCGCCCUGAUGGCCUGGCCUCCCCACGGGGCAUCCGGCCGCCCCCGCCCGGCCCCGAUGCCCCCCACCCCAUGGAGCUGGGGGGCUUCCGGGGCCGGUCGGAGGAUGAGGAGACGGGGCGGCGAGUGGAUGGGGUGUCUGGCCCUCCGCCAUACUCCCCCCACUCCCCCCCACGCCUGUCCCCCAGCCCUAUCCCCCAUGGGCGGCCGCCCACCCCCCAGUCUCCCCGGCCCCCCGUCCGCACCCCGCCCAUCACCUCCCCGCCCCCCACCCCAUCCCCGGACAGGUGUGGGGCGGAGUCCCCUGGGCUGUACCCCCCCAGGGGCGGGGACACGCCCCCGUACCUGCCCCCCGAGGUGGAGGCCACGCGCCUGGCCUCGCCGCCCCAGGCCGGCCUCUACCACCACCACCACUUCAAGAAAAAGUUUUACCACAAGGAGCAGAUCACCCCCCUGGAGGGGUCCCCGCCCCCCCCCACCCACCACCACAACCACUCCACGCACCACCACUCCACCACCGCCAACACCAAUGCCUCCCACCACCACGGCAGCCACCACCAUGGCAGCGGUGGCGGAGGUGGUGGCGGUCACCACCACAACCACCACCACAGUGGUGGCGGCGGGGGUGGGGGGGGUGGCGGGGGCCAGCAGCACGCCAAGUUCCGUCCCAAAGGCAAGAAUUGGCAGUGGCGUAACCGCUCCUCCCACCACCACCACCACCACCACCACCACCACCACCACCGCCGCUCCCCCCCGCCCCAGCCCUACACCACGCAGCCCCCCGCCACGCACCACCACCACCACAACAGCCACCACCACCACAACAGCCACCACCACCGCCACCCCCCGGCCUUCCAGGGCUCGGCGCCGCGCCACCACCACUCCCACCACCAGAUGGUGUCCACCGCCCCGCUGCCCCCCCGCGCCCCCGGCCCCCCGCCCCCGACACCCUACUACCACCCCUGAGCUUGGCGAGGCGAGGGGGUGAGGAAGGACAGCCGGGACAGGGAGCGACCUCACCACCACCAACAUCACCACCACCACCGACGACACCACCAUCACUACAAGCAUGAGGGCCUCCGAAGAAGCACCUCAGCCCCUCAACUCCACCACCACCACCAACACCACUUGCGUAGGUAACGGUGAUGACGACAGUAAGGCAGGACAACACCGGGACGGAACACUGACACUCGACAUCGCAAAGGGCACAUUACGUUGUCUGCUCCUCGGGUUGUCCUCGGCUACGGAAGCAUUACGUAACCAUCACCGUCUUGAGUGUUACGGCGUGUUGGUUCACUGUACGACGCUCUUUGCUCCUCAGGUUGUUAAUGAUGUGAAGGGAAUACGUAAUUAUGUCGCCAAUUCAAGACUGGUUUUAGAGAAUGUUACGUAAAUUUGUUCUUUCUGUUCUUGUCCUUGUGAUUAAGUUAACUGGUUUUCUGGUGAUGUAUCUUCAGGUGAACUAUUUUAUCUUUCAAGUCUUGGAUGUGAAAGGAAAAAAGAAAGUCAUUUGAGAGGUUUUGUGUCCAUAUAACUUAUUUUGUGUUGGUUUCGGAAAAUUUAUGCUUCAAUUUUAGGAGACGAAAGAAAAAAAUAAGUUGCUAUUUUGAAGUUUUUUGUAUUCUGUAUAAUUUCUUUCGUCUAUACAUGUCACUUGCUCUAUACUGUAUUCAGGAAUUCAUGCAUCAUUUCUGAGAUACGAAAGGAGAAAUACCUAUUAAUUCUUUCGUCUAAAGUGUCUACGUAAAUUUCUUGCGUACGAGGAAAAAGUCAGUCUUUGCUUCGAUCACGUAAUUUACUUGUUCUUGUCAUCAAUUCGAAGGUUUGGUUUUAUAUGCGUCAAUCCUUUCGUCAAUAGUUCACUGGAUUUAAAUUAUCUACGUAAAUUUCUUGCGUACUAGGAAAAAAAAGUCGGUUAUUGUUUUGAUUAUGUAAUUUAUCCAACUGGUUCUUGUCAUCAAUUCAAAGGUUUGGUUUAAUAUGCGUCAAUCCUUUCAUCAAUAGUUCACUGGAUUUAAAAACUGUCUACGUAAAUUUCUUGCGUACGAGGAAAAAGUCAGUCUUUGCUUCGAUUACGUAAUUUAUCCUACUCAUGUCAUCAAUACAAAGGUUUGAUUUUACAUGCGUCAAUCCUUUCAUCAAUAGUUCACUGGAUUUAAAAACUGUCUACGUAAAUUUCUUGCGUACGAGGAAAAAAGCCAGUCUUUGCUUUGAUUACGUAAUUUACUUGUUCAUGUCAUCAUUUCGAAGGUUUGAUUUUACAUGCGUCAAUCCUUUCAUCAAUAGUUCACUGGAUUUAAAAACUGUCUACGUAAAUUUCUUGCAUACGAGGAAAAAAAGUCAUCAUUGCUUUCAUUACGUAUUUUAUCCUACUCAUGUCAUCAAUACAAAGGUUUGGUUUAAUAUGCGUCAAUCCUUUCAUCAAUAGUUCACUGGAUUUAAAAACUGUCUACGUAAAUUUCUUGCGUACGAGGAAAAAAAGUCAUCAUUGCUUUCAUUACGUAUAUUAUCCUACUCCUUCACGUCAGUCUAUAAGCAACAUGUUUAUAUUAUCUACGUAAAUUCAACUCUUAUUCUCACUCCUCGGCAGGGUUACGCUCUUCGCCUCCCUCAGGUUGUUAUGCUGAGUAUAUUUAUUUACAUGUAAGUCAUUAAAUUUUUAUGCAAUUGUGUGUCUUCUCAGGGUAAUACAAUCGGCGUGAGGCAGAGUCACGUACGAUGUGUCCCGUAGCCGUGUCGGACCCGAGAGUACUAGCAGUGUAUUGUCGAAGGGAACACGCUUAACGGAUCAACUCGGAAAGGCAACUGUCAUUUUAAAAGCACUGGGAUGUUACGUACUUGAAAACACCCUGAACAAACCAUUACUUUCAUUGCGAUAACGUAAGGAAAAGCGACGGUCAUUGCUGGGAAGUCUGUCGGAAGUCACUGAAUUACGUCAUAUUAACUCAUUCCCAAAGCACUGGUAUGUUACGUACUUGAAAACACCUUUGAAUAAACUCACUUUCAGGGGAUAACUUGAGGAAAAGCGACGGUCAUUGCUGGGGAGUCUGUCGGAAGUCACUGAAUUUUGCCACAUAAACUGUCACUCUGAAAGCACUAGGAUGUUACGUACUUGAAAACACCUUGAACGAACCACUACUUUCAGGGGAUAACUUGAGGAAAAGAGACGGUCAUUGCUGGGGAGUCUGUCGGAAGUCACUGAAUUUUGCCACAUUAACUGUCACUCUGAAAGCACUAGGAUGUUACGUACUUGAAAACACCUUGAACGAACCACUACUUUCAGGGGAUAACUGAAGAAAAGAGAUGGUCAUUUGCUGUCGGAAGUCACUGAAUUUUGCCACAUUAACUGUCACUCUGAAAGCACUAGGAUGUUACGUACUUGAAAACACCU